AUGGAAUCACCAGAGGAUUUGAUGAAGUAUCGUCCUCCCGGUGGUUCCAAUCCUCUCGAAUACGGAUUUGAUGAUAUGCCUCCCAUCCCCAAACCUUUCUAUCCACCCUAUCGGCGCAUCCCCCUGCAUGGAGAACCCGACUGGAUAGGGACUGACGCCGUGGUCUAUCAUGUCCUAGAGAAGCCAGUCAAGGAGGAUGAAUACCUCACUCGCGUCGGCCAGGUCAAGGUCUACGAGGAUGGCCGCACGCUGGUCUUCUAUUGGGUUAUUACCACCCCCAACAUGUAUUACAUCCCCUUUCUGCCUCAACCACCGCUCGAAGCCCGAGCCCGAAGGAAUGGGCGAUAUGGAGAACUCGACAGGACACAGCACCCCCAGUACUACGUCCAUGGUUUCGUUUGGGCGUGCUGCAUCCCAAGGAAGGUGGAAGGGUUUCCCUACCUUCGAUGGACGCCAGAACCUUCCCAUUGCCCAUGUAUCUCCAUCUACGGCGAACUGGUCGAUAUGCGAAGACUCGAGGACAGUAUCUGA